AUGGAACAAAUUCUCUCCAGCACCAACUUCGUUUCUCUUUUUCUGGCGGAGCUCUUCGAGGUUGUCUUCUUCUUCCCCCUUCUCAGCUGGUCCUCGAGAAUCAAGAAAUUCUACGUGAGAUGGAUCCUGUGUCUUACGUCGGGAUUCUUCUCUGCGGGGUCGAAACAAGACGAGGAGGAGAUGGAGGAGGAGCUCAGACUCAGUACACAGGAGAUGAAGAUGGUAAUGGAGAUGAUGGGAAUCAGCUGCGAUGCUGCUGGGUCUGAUGAGCCCGUCCGGGCCAGCGACCUCAGAAGGCUGUUCGAUGAGGAGCCGAGCUUGGAGGAGGUGAAGGAGGCUUUCUCCGUGUUCGACAUGAACGGAGAUGGAUUUAUAGAUGCGGAGGAGCUGCAGACGGUGCUCUCCAAAUUGGGUUUUCCGGAGGGUUCGACUGUAGUGAAUUGCCGGCGGAUGAUCAGUGUUUGCGACGAUAACAACGACGGGAAGGUUGACUUUCCUGAAUUCGUCAGGUUCUUGGAGAGCAGCUUCUCUAAUUCCUAA